GGAAGGCAGUGUUGACCUCCCCCCGGAUUCACCUCUAAUCAGAAGCCAUGUUUCGGUCUUUUAGACGCGUUCAGCAGUUUAACUGCAACCUCCUGACUUUACAAAGAGUCAGCGUCAACUCCAAACUCCUCAUCUGCACGUCCAGAAUGGCCGCUUCGGAGUACAGGAUCGAGCGGGACACGUUUGGUGAGCUCAAGGUCCCAGUGGACAAGUACUACGGCGCCCAGACUGUCAGAUCCACCAUGAAUUUCAAGAUUGGGGGACCCAGUGAGAGAAUGCCAAUCCAAGUGAUCAAGGCCUUUGGGAUCCUGAAGAGAGCGGCUGCUGAAGUUAACAAGGAGUUCGGCCUCGACCCAAAGAUAGCAAAUGCAAUCAUCCAGGCUGCAGAUGAGGUUUCAGCUGGUAAACUGGAUGAUCAUUUCCCUCUGGUGGUGUGGCAGACUGGAUCUGGAACUCAAAGCAACAUGAACGUCAAUGAGGUGAUCAGCAACAGAGCUAUUGAGAUCCUAGGAGGGAAACUGGGCUCCAAGGAUCCUGUCCAUCCUAAUGACCAUGUCAACAAGAGUCAGAGCUCCAACGACACCUUCCCCACUGCCAUGCACAUUGCUGCAGCCACAGAGGUACACCAUGUGCUGCUGCCUGGGCUGCAGACGCUGCAUGAUGCUCUGGCCGCCAAGGCUGAAGAGUUCAAAGAUAUCAUCAAGAUCGGACGCACGCACACUCAGGAUGCUGUGCCGCUCUCACUCGGACAAGAGUUCAGCGCCUACGUCCAGCAGGUGAAGUACAGCAUUGCCAGAGUGAAGGCUGCCAUGCCCAGGGUGUACGAGCUGGCAGCAGGAGGCACAGCAGUUGGCACAGGACUCAACACCCGCAUUGGCUUUGCUGAGAAAGUAGCUGAUACUGUUGCUUCUCUCACUGGCCUGCCAUUCAUCACCGCUCCCAACAAGUUUGAAGCUCUGGCAGCCCACGAUGCUCUGGUGGAGCUGAGUGGAGCUCUAAACACGGUGGCUGUCAGCAUGAUGAAGAUCGCCAAUGACAUCCGCUUCUUGGGGUCAGGACCCCGCUCAGGCCUGGGAGAGCUCGUCUUACCAGAGAAUGAACCAGGAAGCAGCAUCAUGCCAGGCAAGGUGAACCCCACCCAGUGUGAGGCCAUGACCAUGGUGGCAGCCCAGGUCAUGGGAAACCACGUGGCGGUCACCAUCGGGGGAAGCAACGGACACUUUGAGCUCAACGUCUUCAAGCCCAUGAUGGUGAAGAAUGUGCUGAACUCAGCUCGGCUUCUGGGCGACGCCUCCGUCUCCUUCACCAACAACUGUGUGGUGGGCAUCGAGGCCAACACCGAGAGGAUCAACAAGCUGAUGAAUGAGUCUCUCAUGUUGGUCACCGCACUCAACCCGCACAUCGGUUACGACAAAGCAGCCACCAUCGCCAAGACGGCUCACAAGAAGGGAUCCACGCUGAAGGCGGUGGCCGUGGAGCUGGGCUACCUGACCGAGGAGCAGUUUGACCAGUGGGUGAAGCCAAGUGAAAUGCUGGGGCCAAAAUAAACUGACAACACAAAAAGCACUUCCAACACAAAGGAAAUAACUUUUUUCAGUAUGAGAAAAGACUUUCCAAUUCAUUUAAAGAGGUUGAACUGUUUGAACAAACAUUCUCUGAAUCCUGAACAUCUCGUCUCUGAUGCAGCUUCUUACUCGUAACAGUAAAUCCAUCCAUUAAAACAAAACUAUUAUUUUAAGAUGCUACUUGACCCAGGUUUUUUUACACGAACACCAGUAUGUCUUACACAUUAUAAGUUGUCAUUUUAUUGACAUUAGGUUGAAAGUAGUCAAACCUGUUGCUCCACAUAAGUACGUCUUGCAAUCACUACAACUUUUUGGAGGAGUAAACUGCUUCUAUUUCUAUACCAACUUGUUGUUUUUUGGUAUUUAAAGUCUUAAAUACUUUGACUCUAAGUUGGUACCCUCAGAUGUUCACUCUGCUUUUCCAAAUAAUUGAACAAGGACUUCUGUACCUCGUAUGUUCUGGUUUACAGUAUGUGUGCCAUUUGUGCAACGUUCCAGUUCAAUUAAAUAUGUAUUCAUUAAAAAGCAAGUAUAUUCUG